AUGAAUGGAGGUGAUAUCAAGAAAGCUGUGAUUAAUAAAGGAAAACAAAUGGCAAGCGUUGCCUCGGCAGCUGCCAAUGGCAAUGGCAGCAAGAAAAGGAGAAAAGGCACUGAUUUGAAACCGAUUGUCACAAACGAAAGCAACAUGGCGGUGGACUCGAACUCGGGGAGUACUUCUAGCCAAGGUGUGCCGGCCGCAUCAUCGCUCCCCCACCAGAAAGCUGCAUACGGAAUCCCUCUGUCGCGCUCCGAUUCGUCAUCGUCUGGAGAAGAGCAAGAAACCACGGCAGACGAAGAGGAUUCUGAGGAUUACUGCAAAGGUGGUUACCACCCGGUGCACGUGGGCGAGACAUACAACAACGGCCGGUACGUUGUCGUUCGCAAGCUGGGAUGGGGUCACUUUUCGACGGUGUGGUUAUCGCGCGAUACGACAAACGGCAAACACGUCGCAUUAAAAGUCGUGCGAUCCGCCGCACACUACACCGAGACCGCGAUCGACGAAAUCAAAUUGCUCAACAAGAUUGUUCAGGCGAACCCAAGUCACCCGGGUCGGAAACACGUCGUGAGUCUGUUGGACUCGUUCGAGCACAAGGGUCCCAACGGUGUGCAUGUCUGUAUGGUGUUUGAAGUACUUGGCGAAAACUUGCUCGGUUUGAUUAAGCGAUGGAAUCAUCGCGGUAUUCCCAUGCCCUUGGUUAGACAAAUUACGAAACAGGUACUGCUGGGAUUGGAUUAUUUGCAUCGGGAAUGCGGCAUAAUCCAUACCGAUUUGAAGCCGGAAAAUGUCUUGAUCGAAAUUGGCGACGUGGAACAGAUUGUCAAGACGUAUGUGAAGGAGGAACAAAAGACAGAAAAGGACGAUAAUCGCAAUGGUCGCCGACGGAGACGGACGCUCAUUACAGGGAGUCAACCACUCCCAAGUCCUUUGCACACCAGUUUCAGUCAUAUGGAUCCGUUCAAGAUGGGCAGUUCACAUAGUAGCCUGAACCAGGUGAUGAAUGAUUCUGAUACAUCGAAACUCGGAGUGUCGAUGAGAGACGCAUUGGGCAUUAAGGAGAACAUUCCCACAAUCCCUGAAGACGAGAAGCAAAAGCAGCGUGAAAAGACAGCUGAUCUACUGGAACGAGAGGUGUCCGGUAUUUCUCUGGACAAAAACGCAUCCGAGUCGUCCAGCCCAGACAAGGAGGGCGAGAACGACAUCAUUUCCGUCAAAAUUGCAGAUUUGGGCAAUGCUUGCUGGGUUGGUCACCAUUUCACAAACGAUAUUCAAACUCGUCAAUACCGGUCGCCAGAGGUUAUUCUGGGCGCAAAAUGGGGUGCUAGCACAGACGUCUGGAGUAUGGCGUGCAUGGUCUUUGAACUCAUUACCGGCGACUACCUCUUCGACCCUCAAUCCGGCACCAAAUACGGAAAAGACGACGACCACAUCGCCCAAAUAAUUGAAUUGUUGGGCAACUUCCCUCGCUCCCUCUGCAUCUCCGGCCGCUGGUCCCAAGAAAUCUUCAACCGCCGCGGCGAACUCCGCAACAUCCAUCGCCUGCGUCACUGGGCUUUGCCCGACGUCCUCCGCGAAAAAUACCAUUUCACAUCCGAAGAAGCCAUACAAAUAAGCGAAUUCUUAUUACCCAUGCUCGAGCUGAUGCCAGAAGAUAGAGCGAAUGCUGGCGGAAUGUCUAAUCAUGAAUUUUUGAAAUCGACGCUGGGUAUGAGUGAUGUUUCAGAUUUGGGGAUUGAGCCGGGGACGAAAGGCGAAGGAAUUGAAGGUUGGGCUUCGGAGGUUAAGCGGCGGUAG